GAAAAAUAGGUUUUAAUGGAUUGUAGCUGCUAGGUUUAAGAUCAUGGACCUGUAAGAAGAAAAAGAAGAAGAAGAAGAAGAAGAAGAAGAAGAAGUGAUUUUAUAAAUGCAAUUUAUAUAAGCAUCUGAAAAACAACAACAACAACACCAAAAAUAUGGUUGUUUCGCCCUGUAGUGCCUUGAGUUGUAGGCCAAGCUAUGAAAGGAAACAAAAACAUGACAUGUCUACCACUACAGGAUGGAUGAGAAGUGUGUCAGGGUGUUCAGACUAGUAGUACUCUAACACACAGUGCGCCGAACAGGAUGAGAUGUUUUGAUACACUCGUUAGUGCGGAUAAUAUGUGGUUUAGGACGUACCCAUUUCGAGUGACUGGUACAGCUUUCCAAGAAAGCCUCUUACUAGGAAACGUCCUGUGUAGCACGUUUACUGGUGAGGACCAAUCAGCGCGCGCAGCACCGGAGCUCCGCGAGCGCAGUUCCGUGAAAACGCACCGUGCGGACAGACGCUCCUCCACACAAGCCGAUUUCUCGGAAAACGUUUCCCAGUGUUCUUUCUUUCUUUUUUUUUCUCGAAAGACGCCCAGUACUCCCAUCAGACACAGGAGACUUGUGCAUUUAUUGCUGACCGUCUGAACGUGUUCACAUGCCGGUGCGCCUCUCUGUCGCCAUUACCCGUGUCAAGGAUGUCGUCUUGGACUUUCUUUUGUAUAAAUCAGCAUCUUUAAUACUUUAAUAAACAAAAAAAUUUUUUUAACAAUAAUAAUCCACGGGGAAUAUAAGAAUUCAUGCCUAAAUAAUUAUGCUCGUGUGUGUGCAAAGGAUUCCAGUCCUACCUUCAGCGAUGGUAACUGGAGACAUGAGAGUUACCGACAGAACAGAAGUGCCAGAAGGUCCCUGUAACCUGCCGGCCUCGGGUUCUGCUCAGCCUUGCGACUCUUUCGAAAACUUGCGAUGCAUCCAUGCUACAUUUCAGCAGCUGAAUGCUUCAGGCUGGUACUGGGGCAACAUUUCAGCCAGCCAGGCUGGAGACGCUCUGGCAGGCACAGCAGAGGGAACGUUCCUAGUGCGCGACAGCAGCCACACACAUUACUUCUUCACCCUCUCUGUAAAGACAAACAGAGGCCCCACCAACGUUCGCAUUGAGUUCAGUGGCAACCGCUUCCGUCUAGACUACACUUCUAGCCCCUGUCCUCGGCUGCUGUCCUUCCCAACCGUGUCUGAACUGGUGCAGCACUACGUGGGCACCAGCAAGAGACAGGAGAGACCUAAGCCUGAGGAAAAUGCUCCAGCAGCACUGAAGGAUAAUGCAGUUCUGCUGAAGCUCAGGCAGCCACUGUAUAAACCCGAAACCUUCCCUACGUUACAGCACUUGGUCCGCCUCGCCAUCAACAAACACACAAAUUGCCCAGAACAUUUGCCCCUGCCUCGUCUCCUGCUGCUCUUCUUACAGGACUAUCCCUUCAAAGUAUAAUGUUGGCAUCAUGCUUGGAUUGGGAUUAAAAGUCAAAAUGUACUGUGUAUAGUGUCUCUUCAUCUGAAAGAGACCACUGGAUAAACAUUUGAAUGAUGCAGCAGCUGUGUGAAAUUGAACUAUGGGAAAUUGUCACAGAAUCCCAAAGUGCACUGUGAGGAGUGUAUUUUGACAUUCAGGCCUGAUGCCCGUGAAUCAAAGCUAACCACAGCAUCAUUAGUUUAGAUCAAUGAGGCUUAUAAGGACUUAUUCGAAUAUUACAAAAUGUAAUCUAAAUAUUUAAUGCCUGUGUAAUUGCUCAUAUUUAAACAUUUUAGACAUGUAUCAGUGCUCAAUUACAUGACUCACCAUGGCAUGUAUUUAAUUGCAUGGCAUGAACGUCUCUGAAUUUCCAAACAAGUAUUGUGAGGGCAAUUAUGAAGAACCAGUGUGUUAAUCAAAACUCUCAGAGACAAUGACAGCUAAGUAAGUGAGUGUUGAAUAGUACAUCAGCAGCCACGAUCUUUGUUCUGUCUGACUGUGAAAUACCGGCUGGUUAUGAUGAGAUGCUUCCUGCAUCCUGUUUACAAAUGAACAAAAUUUGUUCUGAAAAACGGAAAUUCGAGUUUCCUGUAAAUAUUUUUUUUUUUUUAGUUUUUAGUAAAGAAUAUUUCAAUGAAACCUUUCAUUUUGUUCAUAAUAUAUGAAAUGUUCUUCUAAUUUAUUAAUCUAAUACUUAUAUAUUGUCUAUCUACUUUACCUUUUGGGGGCUGUGUGCUCUUUUUGUUAAUUUUUCUACAUCUUUUAUAACCCUGUUUACGAGCUGGUAGUGUAAUCUAUAAGCCUGUUCUUGGAAGUAGGUCACCUUAGUAUGUCUUGACACAUCACUGGCAUCGGAUACUGAUGUCAUCGUUCUACAUUUUCAAGAAGACUUCGAUCUGAUCAACUGCUUUCAACUGCUCCUUUUAGAGAAUAGAGGUUUAGAGACACUAGUUUGUAAUAAAACACUGAAAUUGUUUAAUGCUCUAGCGUUUCUCAUGAAAAAAAAAGGUUCAACAUUUGACACAUUAAAUGUAAUUGACAGUA